AUGUGAACCAUGCAGGUGGAUGCUGUCCUUGUUCUCUUCUGUGUUUGGCUCGCAGGUGCAGCUGGGAGGAUUCCCCAGUCGAGGGGUAACAAGCUGGAGACCUACAAGCAGAGCAGGUCACGAAGAGAGACCAGUAUGGAUGGAGAUGGAGGUCCCAGAUCUGGAAACCCAAUUUACAAGCGAAGUCCAGACAUGACAAAAUCUCUGAUGACAAAAUCUGAGCAACUCCUGAGAAUUGACGACCAUGAUUUCACCAUGAGGCCAGCAUUCGGAGGUCCUCCAAUUCCCGUUGGAGUGGAUGUUCAGGUUGAAAGUCUGGACACCAUCUCUGAGGUGGAUAUGGACUUCACCAUGACACUGUACCUGCGUCACUACUGGAAGGACGAGCGUCUGUCUUUCCCGAGCACCAACAACCAGAGCAUGACUUUUGACAGUCGCCUGGUGAAGAAGAUUUGGGUUCCUGACAUGUUCUUUGUCCACUCCAAGCGCUCUUUUAUCCACGACACCACCACCGAUAACGUCAUGCUGAGGGUUUACCCUGACGGCAACGUCCUCUACAGCCUCAGAGUCACUGUCACCGCCAUGUGCAACAUGGACCUCAGUCGCUUCCCUCUGGACACUCAAACCUGCUCGCUGGAGAUCGAGAGCUAUGCAUACACAGACGACGACCUGAUGUUGUACUGGAAGAAAGGCAACGAAUCCCUGAACACGGACGACAGAAUAUCUCUGUCCCAGUUCCUCAUUCAGAAAUUUCACACCACCACCAAGCUGGCUUUCUACAGCAGCACAGGCUGGUACAAUCGUUUGUACAUCCACUUCACCCUGCGGCGCCACAUCUUCUUCUUCCUGCUGCAGACCUACUUCCCCGCUACUCUGAUGGUCAUGCUGUCCUGGGUUUCCUUCUGGAUUGACCGCCGGGCCGUCCCUGCCAGGGUGCCACUAGGCAUCACCACAGUGCUGACCAUGUCCACCAUCAUUACCGGGGUCAAUGCCUCCAUGCCGCGGGUCUCCUACAUCAAGGCAGUGGAUAUUUACCUCUGGGUCAGUUUUGUCUUUGUCUUCCUGUCGGUGAUAGAGUACGCGGCAGUCAACUACCUCUCCACCGUACAGGAGAGGAAAGAGAGGAAACUGAGGGAGAGACUGCCGUGUACAUGCGGCAUUGGCAACCCAGACGAGAUGAUGAUCGACCCCCAGAUCACAGGCUACGGUUCCAUGGAUGUCAACACCACAGGGAAUUAUGGGAUGCCAGAGAACGGCGGUCGCCAGGAUCGAAUGUUGUCCCAGGUUUCCCUGAAUGACCCGCAGAUCACAGGCCAGGUUAGGCCAUCCAGAGGCUACGUGAACAUCUGGAUAGACACCCACGCCAUAGACAAGUACUCAAGGGUUUUGUUCCCUGGAGCGUACAUCCUCUUUAACAUCAUCUAUUGGUCCAUCUACUCGUAA